AUGCAAUAAAAUAUCUUGCUUGAGUCUUGCACUGAAAGCUAUACACAAAGUUUAGAGGCUUAAAAUAGAGGAGCUCAUAGAAUUGAGCUAUGUGAUAAUUUAGCUUAGGGAGGAACUACUCCUUCUUAUGGAACCAUUAAAAUUUGUAAAGAAAGAUUGAAUAUCCCACAAAGUGUAAUGAUUAGACCAAGAGGUGGAGAUUUCACUUACAGUAAAGAUGAACUUGAUAUCAUGAGAGAAGAUAUUAAAAUUUGCAAGUAGCUUAAUGUAGAUGGUGUAGUUUUUGGAUUUUUAACCAAAGAUUAAAAAUAGAUCGACUUUGAAUUGACUAAAGAGUUUGUAGAGCUAUCAGCUCCACUCAAGGUAACAUUUCACAUGGCUUUUGAUGAAGUAGAUGACUAAUUUUAAGCUUUAGAAAAAUUGAUAGAAUUGAAGGUUACAAGAAUACUAACAAAAGGUGGAAAAUUUAAAAAUGCUUUAGAAGGUUAGGAAGUUUUGAAAAAAUUAAUUGAGUAAGCAAAUGGAAGAAUUGAAGUGAUGCCAGGAAAAGGAAUAAAUUCUUAAAAUUAUAAGCAAUUAGCAGAAUUUACUAAAGCUACUCAAUUACAUGGAACUCAAAUAGUUUGA